GUCUGUCUUCAAGUGAGAAACAUCCAUAUUUUAACACAGCAUCCCUCUCGUUUAAUCACUGAAAAGUAUUUUUACACAUUGCAUCCUCUAAAAGCACGCCCCAUCAGUGAUCAAGGUUGAUUAUGAUACGGGCUGCGGAUACUCUUUAAAUAAUCGGGAUUACACUUUCUUAUUAUUAUUAUUAUUAUAAUUAUAAUUAUUACUCAGUAAAUUACGUGUGUUUAUUAUCUAGAAAAAAAAAAUCCUUAAGUUUUUAAUAAAAAAAAAAAAAUACAAACUGAGGUUAACUUAUCAGUUGCUAUAAAGGAAUUACAAUCGAGGAGGUUGGUCAAAUAAUAGGGGGCACUGUUAAAGAGGUCCAAAAAGAUUUGGCAGAAUAGGCAAACACAGGCAGAACAGUGGGCGAGGGGGCGGGAGAUCAAGAGGCGGAAUGACACGACCUCCAAACAAUGAAAACCUUAUGACUUUCAAACUCGUCGUAGUCGGAGAUGGAGGAGUUGGAAAAAGUGCACUUACAAUACAAUUUUUCCAGAAAUUAUUUGUUACCGACUAUGAUCCCACCAUCGAGGACAGUUAUAUUCAACACACCGAGAUUGAUAAACAGUGGUGCAUUCUCGAUGUGUUGGAUACAGCAGGACAGGAGGAAUUUAGUGCCAUGCGAGAGCAGUAUAUGCGUAAAGGGGACGGAUUUUUGUUAGUUUAUUCCGUCACCGAUAAACAAUCUUAUGAAAAUAUCGUCAACUUUUACACACAAAUUUUAAGAGUCAAAGACAGAGAUGUAUAUCCAAUGCUGCUUGUUGCAAACAAAGUGGAUUUAGUUCAUUUGAGAAAAGUUUCAGAGGAACAGGGUAGGGAAUUGGCACAUCGACUGGGUAUUCCUUACAUUGAAACAUCUGCAAAGGAUCCGCCAUUAAAUGUGGAUGUUGCUUUUCACGAGGUGGUACGCAUCAUUAGAAAUCAACCACCGGCGGAGCUUGAAAAAAAUCGUCGAAAACGAAGGCGUUCAGGGAAGUGUAAUAUUUUAUAAGUCACUGUAUAAAAUCCUAAUAGAAUCGCAAGAAAAAGAAGCGCAUUAAAAAAUUCCUUACACACAUACAUUCAAUUCCUGAUGCGAAACUGCAAAAAAAAAAAAUUAAUUAGUAUUUUCCUCAUUCCUGCUGUUACUUUCACUAUAUAAAUAGUCAAUUUUUGUUAAAUUGUCACACAGACACAUAUAAAUAAAUAAGCAGUAUCUUUUUCUCGCGACACUAUAUUUAUAUAAAUAUCGCAUCAAAAAAAAAUGUCAAAAAUGUCCGAAAAAAGUGCAUUCCUGCCAUUUAUUCUUGUGCUAAACGAAAAUAUAAACGCAUUAAAAACGAAAUUGAACAUGACACAAACGAAAAAAAGACAAAGAAAAAAAAUAAUAAUUUAAUAAAUAUAAUAAUGAAUCGAGUCGCAUUGUAGAAUUGAGUUAGAUUUUUCACUGACGCCGCUGUAGAUUUAUAUUCCUAUAUAGGUAUAUAUACAUAUAUAGAACGGGAGAGUGAUCCAUUUUUUAAAAACCGACUGUAUUCAUAAAUCUUUUUGAUGUUAAAAAAACUAGACGGCGUCCAUUCAUAUAUAUAUAUAUAUAUAUAUAUAUAUAUAUAUGAAGACAUCAAUUUUUUACCAUCGACAUACAAACGGAAUUGAUCAUUUUUUAUUAAAACUCGUAACUUUAAAAGAGUUUCUUAUAUUCUUCGACUUUGAAUCUUGUCAUGAAAUGACUAUAAUAAUUUUUGUAUAACGAAUUAGCUCAUUUGGAAUAGCUGCCAAUAAGCUUUAUACUAUCGUCUUUUCUAAUUUUAGUUUGCACCGCUUUAUUCUCUUUUCUUUUAGCCUUUACAGUAUAUGCGAUGUCCUUGUUUUCAAUAUUGCACUCUAUUUUCGUAUUUUACGAAAUGGCGAUAUAUAUUUAUCAUUUUUAUUACUUAUUAUGUUAUUAUUUAUUAAUACGUUAUUUUCAAACAAUAUGUUCCAUUCGAACAAAAUUUGUACUCACUAAAAAAUAUAGUUUAAAUUUGUAUUUUUCAGAAAAGAAAUAGUUUUCAAGUUUUAAAUAAUGGCAUCAAAAGCACAAUAUUUUUUUUAUUGUUUUUGUAAAAUUACAAUAUUUUUAAUAUACAUAUUUUUAAGGUUUCCAAUUUUUUUUUGUAAAAGUCACUGUUUUUAAUAUUUAUUGUUUAUUACGUUAGAAUAUUAUUAUACUUUAAUUCAAUUAGUGUGUUUUAACAUCGUCUCUGAGAAAAGUAUUUAUUUUUUUAUUCAUAUACGAAUCUUUUUGAUCGCAAAUAUAUAAUUAUCCAAAAUAAUUUAUAUUUUACUUAUAUUAUUUUACAAAAGAAAACAAUAUAUUUUUUCUUUAAAAAAAACUACCUCGCGGUAUUUUGCUUCCUUAUAGAUAAAAGAAUAUGCAUAUAUAAAUUUUUAACAAAGAAAAUGAAAAAUUUUUUCAGAACUCAUAUAAUACAAUUGGAUAUUUUUAGAUUUUAUUAUUUUUUAGAUGAUUCAAUUUGUGACAUGUUAAAAUGAAUCAAGAAAAUUUUUUUCAUAAUUAAUAGGUUUGCAUUUAUUAAUAGAAUCCUAUUAAAAAUAUAUUAUUCUGUAAUAUUAUCAUUUUUAUUAUAUUAAAGUUUCUUUUUUUUGGCACUCGAGGGUCCGACACGAGAAAUUAUAAUUUAUAAUAAAUAUCGUUGUCUUCCCUUUUUCACUACAUUAUAUAUUAUAAUUUUUAGAAAAAAUUUUUUUAUCAUUUAAAUUAUAUUUUACCUCUUGUGCUAAAAUUAUUAUAAUAAAAUAAAUAGAUAAUCAUUUUCAUAAUUAUAUUUUGUAAAUUUCGUAUCGGAUCCGUCUAACGAUAUUAAGGAAUCGAUGCCAUGGCCUAUAUUAUAGAUAAGAGGAAAAACAUAUAUAUUCGUAUAAAAAUAUAUAAACAAAAUAUUACGUAUAUAUAUAAUGAUUGUGCAAACGAAUUAUAAUAUAAAUAAAUAUUGCGUGUCAGUGGUUUCGCAUAAUAUAAUUUAAAGAAUCAUUUUUGCAUGAUUCUUUUUUGAAAGAAAUUUUUUUAGUGAAAAAUUUUAUCUUUUUGACAUAGUAGACAUUUUAAGAUGUAGUAUAUAAACGUAUAUUAUAUGCACAAAUAAUUCCCAAGAAAAAUAUUGUAUUGAAUAUUGCAUGAUCUCUGUUAUCAUUGACUUAAUAUAAUUUUAUCAUUGUUUCGCUGAGCUGAGCGCAUAAACUCAUUAGAAAGCUAUAAAUUGAAAUGUUUUAAUACAAUUAAAAUUUUAUUUUGAUUAUAUUAAAUCAGUGCUUUUAUUUAUUUUUUUUUGUGUCAAUUUGCAAUGUCGCCUGUAGACAACAUUGGGCAUGAACGAAUUAAAAUCGACAAAUAUUUUAAUAAGAUGAAAAAAAUUAAGUUUCUGAUAAUUAUUUUAAAAAUAAAAAAUUUAUAUUAAUUGUAAAUAGAUAAAUAAGAAAAAAUAAAAUUUUCUAUUGAAAUAUUUCAAGGCCAGCUCUAUAUAUAACCAAGAAAGCAGACGAAUUAUAUAUACUUAAUAAAGUAUAUAAUUAUUACAGUAUAGAUUAUUUACUGUAAGACAAUAAUAUUCCAUUAAAUUUAUUAUUAUUUAAAUAUUUUUAUCCCCAAAAUGCACAAGGCUAAUUUUCAUUAAAUUAAUCAUAAGUUUCUAAGUUUCAAUCUAACAAUUUUGUUUUCUGACAUCCAAAGUUUUAAAGAUAAUGUAGGUUCGCAAUGAACAACAAGACUAACAUUGUUUCUUAUAAUAAUGUAAAAAAUUGAGAAAAAUAGAGGGUCUUUUCAACUCUCUUGUUAAUUUCAUUAACUUUCCAGACAAAUUUUUUCAAAUCUGAUGAAUUAAAAAAAAAGUCCUCCAUAUUGGGUCGGCCAUAUUUAAUUUUUGAAAUCUGACUUCACAUUCAGAAACAUCAAUUUUCCCCCGUGUAUCUUUUUAAUUUAAACGUCAGUAUUUAUUGACCUUCUUUAAGUGUAUUUUCAUGAACAAUUAAAGACAUACAUAGUUAUUAAUAAUUAAUUAAUUAAUUUAACAAUGAAUUAUUAUUAUUGUGUAUUAUAUUAAUACAAAUAGAUAUAUAGAAUGUGGGUGUUGGAUUUUUAUUUAUUUAAUAAAACAAUUGAGCAUAAUUAUAUUAUAUAAAAGAAGAUGGAAAUCCAAAGUAAGAAAUUAAUGCGAAUAAUUCUUUUGAUGCUCCUCAAAUUUUCAAUUUCUAUUCAAUGUUAAAAUAUUUUCAAAAGAAUGACAAAAAAAAUGUAAAACUCAAAAAUGGUGCCUGCUCGGGAAAAGAGAAAUGUUCAUUAAAAAAAAAACACUGAAAGAACAAUUAAACUGACAAUUUUUACAAUGCAAAAAAAAUUAAUUAAUUUUGAUAAAUUUAUCGAUAAAUUAAUUAUUAUAAUUCUAUUAUUUCUGCGAUAUUAACAUACUAUGAUAUUUAUAAUAAUGUCAAGUUUUUAUAUAUCACCGUCCAUAUAAAUUGAGACCUCGGGAAGAAGAACUCGCCGAGGCCUUAAUUACAAAAAUGCUUAUAAUAAUCGAGUGAAUUCCAGAUAAAACGAAAAUAACAAUAAUAAUAAUUGAACAAUGAAAUUCUAUAGGCACAAUAAGAAUUGAAUUUUAUUUUUUUAUAGAAAAAGUUUCUUUCUAAAUAAUUGAAUAUUCGCGAACGAAGAAUUAAACGAAUACAAAAAAAUUUUUUAGCAUAGAACAAUGCUUUUAAAGUAAUGGAAUGAAUAUUAAAUAUAUAUAUAUGUAUAAAAAUUUACCUAUAUGAUACAGUCAAUAUGUGUUAUGAAAUUGUGAUACUGCGAAUGUAAAAGGAUAAAAAGAAUCGUGAGUGCAUUGGUUGUAAAAAUUUUUUUUUCCAAUUGCUGUGGGUAAUAUUCCAUUUCACUGAGAAAAAAAAUCCCUUUACAAUUCAAAAAAAUUAUAUUUUCAAAACUUCUUCUAAACAAUGGCACAAUAAGAACAAUUCUAUCAACUAUUUUUCCGGAAUUUUUCUAAAUAGAAAAUUUUAUUUUUAUAAUAACAAAUUUUAUCAUUAAUUACAGUGAUAAUUUAUUUAAUAAGUAUUCUUUCCGUUAAUGAAUAAUUUUAAUUUUUUAUCAGUAUACCUUUCUAUUAAAGAGUAAUUUUUUUAUUUAAUAAUUUUUCAAUUAAUUAGCAAUUUUAUAUUAUAAAUUUUUUAUUAACCCUUUUUUCAAAUUAUAAUUCCCAUAGGUCUUCUUUUUUGAUUGAAAAGUAAUGAUUUUUAUUAUCAUUAAUUAAAAAUAUAAUUGCCGUAUAUAGAUUCAUAAGUUAAAUCGAGAUUUUUUUUGUCCUAAAUACCCACAAGAUACUCCCCGAUUAAAAAUGUAUGCCACUGUUUGCUCGCUGUAAGUAUAAGGCGAUUUAAACAUUGAAAAAUGAAAUAAUGUGAAAAAUUUUUGCUGAAAAAGUAUUGAGUGAAAAAGAAAUGCAAUGUGUCCAUAUCUAUAUGUAGAUAGAUAUCAGUUCAAAUUUUUUUGUUGGCUUCUUGUAUUGUCUUUUUUUGGCAGCAAUAAUAUUGUAAGUAUUGUACGCAGAUUUAUAAUUGAUUAUUAGAGAUAUUAAUGUACAAGAAAAAUGCAUAAGUACGCACACGAAACAAAGAAUUAAGGGUACACAUAUAUAAGGUGAAUUACAAAGGCAGAGGAGUUUGUUAAACGCCGCUGCAAUUAAUAUGUUGACUAUAUACGAAAGAAAAAGAGAUUCUAUUUUCAAAACGAAAAUUCCUCUUCGACAACAGUUAACAUAUAAUAUAUAAUCUAAGGAAUACUAUUGUUUUAUAUAUAUAAAUAAACAUAAAUGUAUAUUUUUUUGUUGAAGUGUCUCUAACUGUGCAGGUCACUGUAUAUGCCAUACGUAAAUAAUAAAUUAUAACGCGUGUUUACAAAUUUA